UCAUGCUGCUGAGAGUAUACACUCUCUACAAGGCAUCGCGACGUCUUAUGUGCAUACUAACUGUAUGCUUCGUCCUCGAAAUGGCCUGCGUUAUAUUCGCCUUGCAGUGGGGCAUCUACAGUAGCCACGGAAGCGAUUAUAACUUUCUUAUUGCCAUACUCCCCUGGGCCGGGUUCGAGAUAUUGCUUUUGACGCUUAUAUUGAAGGAGUCUUUGGAGCAUAGAAAGGAUACGUGGGGCGCCACACGGGUGAGGUGGAACCCCCUCUUGAAGAUCAUCGUGCGAGAUAGCGGUCUCUUCUUCUUAGGGUACGUCGGCUAGUAUAGGAAAAGAGGUAAUGCGUCAGAGGCUCCAUCUGACAACGUUGCUAACACGCGCAGGUUUGUGAUGUCAAACGUACUGCUCGUUAUUUUCACUGUAUACCUCAAGGAAUCGUACGUAGGCAUGGCGUUAGCCGCGCUGCUAGGCAACCUCUUGGGACCCCGUAUGGUGCUUACCCUUAGAAAACAUAUUUGGCUGAGGGAACGAGGCGUGUAUAGCUUCGACACAGACAUCGUCUUUGC